ACGGGUUUGAAGAGAAGGUUCAAAGAAAUUUGGUGGGCAUCCGAGACGGUGUAUUUCGAAGGACCACGCGUGGUUAUUGUGCGUAUUAGAAGGAGGACGGAGAAAUUGGGUUGUGUGGAUUAGAGAAGGACGGCGGAGGGUAUUGACGUCGUAAGAGAGAUGAGCGCAUGACUUGUGGGCGGGGUCAUGUUUAGAGUGGAGUAAUAAAGAUGACUAUUUUGAAAUCUCACUCAGUUUGACAGGAUACUUUUACAAGUGAGCAUUUGUCGAAGUGGUCCAGUGAGUACUCAACCUGUUCUGUGAACUCGUGCAAAUUGGAGAUGGCGUUCGAAGAUAGGUUCAGCCCCAACACUGCUACAAGUCCAGGCAGCGAUAGUUCAAGGAUGAACUACCCGAAUUCUCCUGAAUCCUCCAGGACCCAACCUUACACUUGCCUGACCAUCCCUCAGACGCAAGAUAGGGAAAUGUACACAACAUCCAGCUCGAAUUCCCCCACGUCUUUCUGUGCUAAGACUGAGGAGAAAAAUUUCAUAAGAAUUACAUCCUUCGCUCUUCCCAGUCCCAAGGAUAACGGUGCUAGAAGCGACAACGACUCGCCUAUAUCCUACAGGAACUCUCCCUCACCAAGCUGCAGCAUCACCUCUUCCGGGACCAGAUCACCGCCUCCAAGCAAUAACGAGCCAACCAUACAGACCCUCAAGUAUUCCAUCUUCAACAUCUUGCAGCCCGAUUUUGGCAGGAACGCUGUGCAAAAAACGAGGUCUCAUGGCAGGAUAAGUUUCAAACCGUACGAAACCAAAUCGAGUGAAGAAGUUCCGAAGGCUGCCCCUCUGGGCAGUUUGUGCCAGACUGUUUCGCAAAUCGGAAGUGCUAAAAGGACUGUUGAACCCGUGAAACCAGCUCUGGGCCUGGCAGUCGAGGGCGAGAAGAAAGAAGAAAAUUCCGUUCCUACAGUGUGGCCGGCUUGGGUUUAUUGUACGAGAUAUUCGGACAGACCGAGCUCAGGUAAGAGAUGUCCCAGAUCACGCAGAGUCAAGAAAGCAGCCAAGAAUUCCAACGAGGAAAAACGUCCAAGGACCGCCUUUUCCAGUGCCCAACUGCAAAGACUCAAACACGAAUUCAACGAAAACAGAUACCUCACCGAGCGUAGAAGACAGCAACUGAGCGCAGAGCUUGGUCUGAACGAAGCUCAGAUUAAAAUCUGGUUUCAGAAUAAACGGGCGAAAAUCAAGAAGUCUUCCUCUGAGAAGAACCCUCUCGCACUUCAGCUCAUGGCUCAAGGUCUCUACAACCACUCCACGAUACCCUGCGAUGAAGAUGAGAUGCCCAUGAGUUAGGCGGCCUGAUUCUCGAGCUGUGUGGAAGUAGUUUUGCGAGCUAGGCUCUCAGAAAUUUGGAAUGUUGAAGUGAUUAUUAUUUAUUAAACUCAUUGUUUUUCCCUACAUAUACAGUGAAAGAUCUCAAAGUGUUGUUUAUAAGAAAUGUACAAAUGUUAUAUACCUGUGAAUAGUGUAAAUAAUAGCAGUUGAUGAGC